ACCGGCGGAUCGCCGUGACGGCGUAGCCCUCUCCCACACGAAAGCCCUAAUGGCCUCCCGCCUCCUCCACCUCCGCUGCCUCCUAACUCCCCGCCCCACCCUCCCCGCCGCCGCCGCUUUCUCUACCACCGUCACCCCGACCCCGCGCGUCUCCGCGCUCGUCGACGAUAUCUGCGGCCUCACUCUCCUCGAGGCCUCCUCCCUCGCCGACGCCCUGCGCGGCCGCCUUGGCGUCGACCAGCUCCCCCCACUAGCUAUCCUUAUAGGCGGCGCCGCCACGCUCGCCGGCGGCGUAGCGGCCCCCGGGGCGACCGGCGAGGAGGCGAAGGCGAAGGAGGAGAAGAUGGCGUUCGACGUGAAGCUGGAGGGGUUCGACGCCGCGGCGAAGCUCAAGAUCAUCAAGGAGCUGAGGGCAUUUACGAACCUGGGCCUGAAGGAGGCGAAGGAGCUCGUGGAGAAGGCGCUUGCCGUGCUGAAGGCGGGAGUACCCAAGGAGGAGGCGGAGAGCAUCGCCGAGAAGAUGCGGGCGGUCGGCGCCAAGAUCGUUCUCGAGUGAGAGGACGAGAGCUCUAGCAGUUCACCACUUCCCCGUUGCUCAGGUAGAUGGUGCAGACGUGCAGUCUUUCUCAUAGGCGAGGCAGCAGUUGCACACGGGUUUGAGCUGCUCACAGCCCAUCGACGGGCGGGUCAUGUACUUCGCAUCCAGGCAGAACAUGGAGCAGAACAGAAUUCUCCCUCCUUUGCCUCUGCAUGGUCUUUAGCUUCUGUUCAUCUAGUCUUUG